AAGUGGGCAUAUUCAAAGUUGCUUGUUUGAAACAUGCCGGGACAUGGCCUGAACUUUGGCUGUCUCGUAUGCAGGGGAUACUCCGUCUGAUGCUGGUCGCAGUUUGUUAUGAAUUGUCCACUGCAAGGCCAAGGCUGAAGACAGUGGGGAGGAUGACCAGUGAGUGGCCUCGAUCUGGCCUCCCUCAGACAGGACUCUUGGCCACCCUACUCCAACCCAAGGCUGGCUGUCCCUCACCCAGCAACCCCUUGCCACCACCUUGCUCAUUGGGACUGAGGUGUCCAGAAGGGAUGAACCCUCCACUGGAAGCUUCAGCACCUACAACAGAAGCAAGGAUCUUUUUCACACGUAGCAUCAAAAGAUUUGCUAAAGAAAAACUCUGGAAAGCAGAGCAGGCUUCAUGGAACAUGGUCACACAAGGCUCACAUGUCAGACACCACAGGCACCACAGACACCUGCACCAGAUUACAAGGUCACGCCAAGUUCAUCAAAGAUUUCCCAACGUGCCGAAGACCCAAAAUAUGCUGAGAAAAUUGAGGGGAGGAGCUUUCAGAACUAAACGCUCAGCCACCCAAGAUGCAACAGUGCAAUAUGCAGGAUCGAGGGAAGUCAAGUUUCGCAUGGAAGGACCCUAUGCUCUCUACCUCAUGCCCACCCCUGCAGGCAACUCUCUCAGACUGAGCACACAGCAUGCUAACCAUGCGUGUUUCCGAGUGCACAUGUUUAACAGCCUAGCAGACACUGGAGGAGGAAGUGUAGUGAUGCUGGAAGCUCACACAGGCAGCUACCUUCAGUCCAACACCUCUGGCUUCCUCUCUUUAGUGAACAGCGAGGCAGCGGCAGCCAAUGUGACACAAGUUGACAACAAGUUCUUCCACCUUAGUUCCUACACUGGUGACAACACUGUAAAAAUCAAGCACAUCAACACAGAUCUGCACCUUCAGGCAAGUGAGAAUGGAGUGUCCCUAGUUACCACUGAUCCUUUGGCAGCAGACGGAAUGCUCUUUUAUGAAUUCAGCUGCUCCAACACUUGAAACUUGCAGACAAGCUGACAGUGUUGGUGCCAAACUCACACACAAGACAGUACAGGUCAGCACUUGGUGUGAACAGAACCUGGCUGAUUCCUUAACAGCUUCAAAAUGCACACGCAUAGCUGGUUGCUAGUUCUCCAUGACCAAUUCUGGAAGAAGGUGUUGUGCAUCCCUCUCAGAUCAGCUGUUACCUAUAGUAAUAUUGGAAAGCAGAGGAAGAUGAGAGGAGGAGGAGGAGGAGGAGGAGAAAAAGAAGAAGAAAAAGAAGUAGGAGGAGGAGGACAAAGAGAAAGAGGAGGAGGAGGAGGAGGACAAAGAGAAGGAGGAGGAGGAGGAGGAGGAGGAGGAGGAGGAGGAGGAGGAGGAGGAGGAGGAGGAGGAGGAGGAGGAGGAAGAUGAUUAGGAGGAGGCAGUGGCAUAGAAGUCUGAUUCUCUUUUCUAAUCACAGUUGCAGGCCAGCAGAGCUUAGCCUCAAAGUACAAACUGAUCUCAUAAACCUAGCAGACAUAAUCUUGUGCACAAUUAUGUCUAGAGGAUGUGAUGAAUCUCCCUGGCACUUCCUCUAGGAGUGUCACUACUUGCACUGUUAAUAAUAUACAGUACUUGAGUCCAUUUAGUUACCUAGCAUAUAUCUUAAACAUUCCAAAUAGUAGCAAUUGACUGUAGUGAAGCUCAAAAGUGUAAUACUGCAACAAAAUUAUUUCUUUGUGGUUUUCUCUGGUUGUAAUUGACAUUGCUGACAUCUCAAAGUUUUUUGGAUCACUCUAUAAUAAAGACCUCCACUGAGCUAA